AUGGAGCGUGUUGUGAAUCCUGGACCAAUUGAUCGUACACUUCUUCUCUCUCAGCAUGAGCAUAAAUCAGAAUUGUUUUGGAAAGGUGAGAUACCAUUAGUAGCCUUAUUAGGACGGCAGUAUGAUCGUGCCCUUGUUACAGCUAUGGUUGAGCGUUGGAGGCCAGAGACUCAUUGCUUCCACUUACCUUUUGGUGAGGUCACGAUUACAUUGCAGGAUAUGCAGGUCUUGUUUGGUUUGUGCAUUGAUGGUGAUGUUGUGUAUAAUCAGGAUGCUACCCGGAGGAUUCGUCCAUGGCGUACUUUAUUAGAGACACUCACAAGAUGCACCAUAGCACCUACUGAUAUGGAUGGUGCGAGUCGGGUGAGGAUACAUAGCAUUACCGGCUACUUGCGAGAUCAGUUACAUGUAGAUCCGAUAAGAGAUGCUACUCCAGUGGAACGAGUGGAGAGGAUUGCUAGACUUUACAUGCUUGUUAUAUUAGGAGGCAUCUUAUUUCCGAACUCUUCAGGAAACCUUAUUAGUUUACAUUACUUGGCGUUCCUAGAUCGUAUCCACGAUGUAGGUAAGCACAGUUGGGGCAGUGCAGUGCUAGCCUACUUGUACCGUGCACUUUCUCGGGCAUCUAUAGAUAAUGUGAUUGACAUUUGCAGAUUUAUUCCUCUCUUUCAGGUUUGGUAUUGGGAGAGGGUCUUGCCUGUACAACCAUCAGCUCCUCCUCAGCAUGAUGGUGACAUAUUACUUCUAUAUGCUAGGCGUUGGACGCGUGGAACUGAUAGUGAUACUGAGUCAUAUCAUGUUCAUAUCCCAAUUAGAGACCAGUUAGACCGCAUGACGGAGAAUCAGAGUAAUGCGACAGUUUGGUCAUUCCCAGCAUGUACCUGUGAUUGUUGGGGAACCAACCACCAUGUGCAUAAUCAGCGUAGGAGGCUUGGACCAAAGGUUCUUGAAAUGAUGGAUAAAUAUUUUCGUGAUUGGGGUAAUCGACAUCAGAGUUUAGCGGUGGAGGUAAAUGAUGGUACUAGCGGGGCAGGGUAUAAAUUAUGGUAUAUGAUGCAAGGAAGAUUGUUUAUAGGUAGUCCUGCAUUAGAGGUUGCUGUAUCGUCAGACUUUGUUCAUUCCGCUGAUACUAGUAUUGCAAUGUCCAGAGGACUAUUUAAGUUGUAUAGUCUUGCAUUACAGUGGCAGAGAGACACAACCUCAGCUUCACAUGGUGAAGAGGUAUCUCAGAUUGUUAAAGAUACAUUGGUUGAGGCCGAAAUAUAA